AGUGGUAAUAAUAUAAAUUUAUAUUAAUGUUGUUAGUUGUGAAUUGUGACUUUUCUGUAUAACAUAUAUUAGUUAUAUUAAACACAAAUAUUUCCGUUUUAGUAUAUUGUAUGCUGGUUUUACUUAAUUUCACAUUAGAAUAUUUGAAAAUGGCAUUAAUGUUAUAAAGUAACACAAAAUAUAACAAAAUCAUGGCGAAAUGUCAAAAUUUGACCUCAUUGUUCAGUAUAUUAAUGUACUGAAAGACUGAAAUAUGAUAAAAAAAGACAAAUAUAUGGCAUGCUAAGAUCAACCACAGUUUGGAUUAACUAUGGAUCAACUCACGUUAAAAACAUGUGAACGGAAGCCAAGAUUGCAUAAUUCCAUAAUUAUAUCUAGCAGUGACCUGUGCCUAGCAACGGUUACUGUGCCUAGCAAUUUGCUACAGCGUCUGUCGAAAGAUUUUACCAGAUGUUCCCACAGUUUCACUCCCCUCUAUUUCUUAUUGUAAGUUUCGCGUGUAUUUACAAAACCGUUACAUGCGAUCAGGGGCGUAGGAAGCUUAGAAAAGUUGGGGGGGGGGGCAGGCUUUGAGGGGCACUUUAAAAAAAAAGGGCAUAUCAAAAUUUUUUUGGCGACCCCCCCCGGUCAGUGUACCAUUUUAGGGGUAAAAAAUUUUUCCGGACAUACCAUAUUUCUUCUUAAAUACAAAAAAAUUUUCAGGACAAACCAAUAUAUGAUAUUUUUUGCGGAUUGGAUUUUUCAAAAGAUUCGUUUGGACAAAAAAUGCAAAUUUUAUGAAACUUUUUCAGGCACAAAAAGGGCACUUUCCUCCUGGAAAAAGGGCACUUGCCAAAACUUGGGGGGCAUGGCUCCUGCCCCCCCCGGUUCCUACGCCCCUGCAUGCGAUACAAUUCGUACAGCGGACAACCAUGCGAAAAUAGCGUGCAAAGAAGGGCGACAAUAUUUAUACGAAAAUAUUACGAAAGUUUAUAUGGCUUGUUUACGUAUUUAAAAACAGUGUUUUAGUGUUUAUAUGUAAAUUAGCAAACCAAAGAAGACAAAGACUACCUAUUCACAAAUUUUACAGCCAUAUACAGGUACGCAAGUCUCGAAAAGAAUACUGCUGUGCUCUCUUGGAUUGUCUUGCAAGUGGCAGUUGUUCCAACAAAAUAAUCCAGCCGAUAUCCAGUACAUUUAUUCAUCAUUCUUGCAUAAAUCUCUAAACAAAAACAUUUAUGUUAGAAAGCAAAAUGACAAUGUUAUGAGGAGGGAGAAUUGGGAUUCUUUUAUUGGCAUUUGAAAAUGUUUGUAGAAAAUUUGUUUAUUAACUGAACUCUAAUGUGUAAAACCAAAAUGUUUAAGUAUUUUUACUGGUAACAUCUUACGACUUUACCUUUGCUCUAACACUGCAUUUGAUGACAGCUUAUAGUUGGACUGUUGUUUUGAACUGAGCCGGUUACAGAAAUACAACAUAUCUCCUCAGAGAACAUUAGUUUCCUGUAAUAUUGUUCAUUGGCAAAUAUAUUGCCUGCUAUAUAUGUUUGUUUAACACAAUGAUUGUUUUGAUGUAUAAAUAUAUAAUAAAAUAUGUGGUAUUUGACUACUUACCAGAUGAGGAUAAGUUUCCAUCUUAAUUCAUAGAUAAUUUCGGAAUAAUAUCACAAGUAGAAUGGUGAAAACAAGACAAAAUCAAGAUAUUUUUGAAGCCAAAUGUGAAAAUGGCAAAGAAUAUUACAAUAAACACGAGGCCAAAAUACGCCUGUUCGUGGGUAAGGUGCAGGCGCGAUGUAAACAAUUGAUGUAAACUAAUCUCUGAUUGGCUUAAAUCGGCUCAAUUAUAGAAGCUCGUCGCUGAAUGGCUAUGUGACUGUUAACAUACGAUACGUUUGCGAUAGCAAUAUAUCUUCGCAGAUACAGAAAGGUUGUCCUUUGCAAACCUUAAGCCCUGAUCAAACGAGAACGCAAUACAUCGCAAGUUUUAAUUUGCACUUGCUUGUGCCUCGUUUGACCACCAACUUGCGUUAACUUGCGUUAACUUGCGAACAAUUGAGCUGGUUCAAACUUCAUCCCAAGCUUUUUAAACUUGCGAGCACUAACUAUAGAUGGUUUUCAUGUGACGUCACGAACUAUACGGCGGCCAUGUUGGUGUACCAAAUUUCCCGCAAAAUAUUCCCGCGAAAUACAAAUAAUCCUGCAUUUCCAUAUUUUUAAAGAUUAUUUUGCAUGUGUUUUAUACGAUAUGAGUUUAGAACACGAUUUAUAUUUGUCGAAUUAUGCUAAAAAGCUUGAACCAAAGUCAAGAAGCGCUAUGAAGAAAAAAUCUCUGACAUAGGAGUCGAUCCAAUGUUGAUCGAAGGCAAGUACUUUCAACCUGAUUGUUUACCUCCUGUAGAAUCAACAGAUUUACUGUUUACCUGGUGUUAGAAACAAGCUACUACACAAAGCAGCAUUUUAAAGCAUUUCGAAGCCUCGAAGCUUACAAUCGAAUGGUGUGUGGCUUUAUUCCGGGUGUACAAGGGCAUAUGAUGGGAGGCAAGUUUCUUGUUGUUGCUAAAGUACGACAUUCGCAACGAAUGAUCGAUCCCCUUAUUUCCAUUUGGAUCAUCACUGAAAAGCAAGAAACAUCUGUUCUAUCUGCACAUUGUUGUGGCUUCAAAGCUGGUCUUGGCGAAAGUUGUUCACAUAUAGCCAGUGUUCUCUUUUACCUUGAAGCUUGGACGAAAAUUAAUGGAAAGUAGUCUUGUACUCAGGUAAAAUGCUCCUGGAUAUUACCUUCAUAUGUCAGUGAGGUGGAUUACUCAAGAAUUCGAGACAUCAAUUUUACAUCUGCAAAGAAGUUGAAAGCAGACCUUGAUAAAAGUUUAGAUCAACUUUCUACUGGCACUGAAGCAGAUAAGCCACAGAUACAUGUUCAAGCCAAGGUUAAUACUAAAGCCAUUCCAGUCCCAACUAAUGUAGAAAUGGAAUCUUUUUAUGCAGAUCUAAGUGAAUGCAAAUCAAAGCCAGUUUCCCUUAGUCUGGUUUCACCUUAUGCGGACAGAUUUGUUCAGAAGAGCCAAACUAUUCCAACCAUUCAUGGUCUGUCAACUCCCCAGUAUCAGGAUCUCACUUAUCCAGAACUGUUGCAAGUUUGCCAUAAACAAAAGAUAGUUUUAUCUGCAGAGCAAAUAUCUCAAAUUGAGAAAGACACAAGAGAUCAAGCAUAA